AUGAACUCCCUUCUGUCUAAGUACUGUCUCGGUCCCACUCGACCGUACGAUGUCUCCCCGAUGGAAUCUCCGAGAGCAUCCGUGACUGAUACUCCAGCAGACUGGAGCACAAGCGGCGAUACUAAUCCAAUGUCGACAACCAUCUUAGGUGGCUCAGGUUCAUUCACCCGGCUCACCCGGCCCACUCUUAAAAUUGCUACGACCUAUACUCUCGGAUCGGCAUCUAGUCUCCGGAGCUCGUCACUGCCCAACACAAUUCAUGGUCUCAGAAUGGAAUCAAUUUAUGUUCCUCAAUCGUACAACUCCAUUCACAAUCCUUGGGCAGACCCGACCGUGCAAAUGGUUCAAUCUUCCAGACCUAUCGUGGAAACGACGGAAGUAGCACGUGGAAGAGCUGCUUCCAUCUACUCCGUAGACAGCGAGUUGGAUACAACCUUCUUUGGACCUUCAGAAAAAGAUACCAGUACAGACAACACAGCCUGGAAGCUGCAGCCAGACGACUGUCAAGGCAGUAGUUCACAUGGCGGAUUUCAGGAUGUCAAAGCCUACGCUUCCAAUCUCUUCUCGAGCCUGACCUCCGCUCUCUCCACUCGAUCUAGAGAUUGGAGCAGUAGUAUUGCUGAGACAAUCAGAACUAUAACUUCCGACUCCAGACUGGAUUACGAGGAGACCGCUUCCGAUCCAUUCAUGUGGGAAACACUCCCCGAAGAUAAUGAUGCUCAAGAUGCCCUAUCGAGUAGGUUAUUCGAUACGGAACACAGGCCUCCUAGCGGUCAUCUGUCCAACGACUUUCUGCAAUUUCCGCGUCGGAAACCGGUGGCAAAUCCCGUUGACGAGCUUUACGAUACCGAGAAUCCGCCGCCUCAUUCUACAACCAUGUCGGGGUCAAACAUGAUGAGUGGCAGAUUGGCUACUGAGCCGUGGACUGGUUGA